ACAAUUGGAAACAAAUAGCCAUCCUUGCGCCUCGACUCUGAACUGAACUCCAUUAUAGUUCGUAAGUUGGCGAACGCUUAGAACUCCUUUAAGUAGUGCAACGUUUUAGAGUAACUGAGUAAGAGCGCAUGCAUUGGCUGUUUGAUAUAUAGAUGGCGAAGCAAUCGGACUUCACACAGAAACUGCUGAGUGAUUUGAGAUUGAGGAAGGAGAAGUUGGGAUACAGCACUUCCCCAGGCCAAAAAUCAACUCAUCCUCCUCCUCCUCCUCCUGAAUACCAAGGAAACUCCUUCAGGCUCACCGACCAGAGAACAAGAGAAGCAACGAUAAACUAUAAUAGCAGAAAUUCGAUCAGUGCUGAAGCCAAAGAAAUAUGGCUCACCAGCAAACAUAACAAAGCAGCUGUCUCAGAAUUAACUUCCCGCGAUAUUGUUCCUGUUGGAAGAAACAGAAACAUUCAGAAUUCUAUCGAUGUAUCAAUGGCGCUAGCAUUUGUGCUGAGUAACAGUGGGAAACUUCACUACAUAGCAAAACUGGGCAAUGAGUUUAUCACCCACAGUGGUCCUAUAAUGUACAGAGAACACUUGCUGAACAAUAUGAAGAUUCAUUCCAGUCACUAUCCAUUCUUGUCCAACUUGCAAAUCAAUGAAAUAUCAGAAGGCGUUCAGAAGUUGAAUAGAGUCCUCGAAACAUGUUCCGGCAGCUCACACUUUGACAAGGAUUCGAUCAAAAUCGGAAGGGAGCUUCUGAAAGGAGCCAUGGAUCUGGAGGAGUCACUGAAAAUGCUUGUCACUCUACAAGAAGCUUCAGAUUUCAUGGUUGGCUCUCAAGGGAGGCAAAUUAAAUUGUUAAAGGACAAGGGAGAAGAUGAAUCCUCCAGAAACAAAGUAAAUAGGAAGAAUACACAUUCCAAAAAUAGGAUUUCUUUUGAUGGGUCCAUCGAUCAUUUCUUCAAUGCAAAUUAUGAUACCAUGAAUCAAGGGAAGAGAGAGCUGUCCCCAUCUUUUAUCAGAAAAGGUAUGAACACAACAGAUUAUGAUGAGAGCUCAUCACUUGCAUCCAUGACAAUUCCUGCACACAGACGGUCUCUGAGUUCUAGUCCUGUUUUCCCAAGCAAUGGUUGCAAUGAAGACCACAAUACUGAACGCCAGACCUCCUCAACCAGUAAAGGCAAACACUCAACUUCAAAUCACAUUCAGAAGUUGGAUCGUAAGCAAGGAAGUGGCAAUGUAAGAAUGCCAAGUGUAGUUGCUAAACUAAUGGGACUUGAAGAAUUUCCAAGUUCAAAGGCUGAGGGGAAGAAAGUUGGAGGAAAAGACCUGGCCUGUACGAAACAGAUCAUAACAGCAGACGCAGCAGCAGGGAGAAAGGUGGUUUCUCAAACACUCUUAAUGCCAAGUUAUGAAGGGAACAAAUGUUUAGACGAAAAGCUCAUUGGAGAUACCAUGGCCAAAAUUCACAAGGAGAUUCAGAGCACGAGCACAUCAAAAGAUUAUGCACAAAAGAGCCAUAGUCAAAUAUUUUCAAAGACUUAUAAUCCAGCAGCCCAAACAAAAGAGAAGGUAGGAAGAACAGAACAGAGAAGCAAAACGAUUGAUCAGGAUAUGAGCCCCAAACUAGAAAAGGACCUGGAAAAGAGCAAGCAUAAAAUGUUGUCCUGGAGUCGCUAUGACAUAUUUGGGAAAAAGGAUAAACUUUUGAAACAGAAGAUGACUGAGGGAGAUCGGUCUAGUCUAGCAAGCAGCAAGAUAAAAACCCUGCAGUCACACCAAUUAAUAACCCACAUGGUGAAACCCAAACAUGCAGUUUCUGAAAAUGAAGGAAAAGAGCAUGAGAGUAACAGCAACGUAAAGGUCGCAACAGCAACAAAGGAUGAACGGAGAUCAAAGAGAUCUGCAUUAAAACUAAGCAAACUUAAAGUGGAUGAUGCAACUUCCGUAGCAAAAGUUAGGCGUGGAGGGUAUGAAGAGCAUGUAAAGCAACCAAAAGAACAUCUAAAGAGCAGCAAACAAGAGAUGCAAAAUAUAGUGAAUAGAGUAUCUGACUACAGGGAAUUAAAUAGAACUGCAACACAUGAGAACUCAGAUAAUAUGAAUUCCUUACAAAAAAAUCCAGUAAUUGAGAGAGAGAAAUCACUGCCAACAGCAAAGAAGGUAGACGCAGCAAAUGUGAAGGCUUACAGAGAUAAAAGCCAGAGAGUCUUCUUAGGAGACAAUUUUGCAGAUAUUGAAACGCCGAGUAAGAAAAUUCAAUCAUCUUUCUUAAAUGAUCUGGAGAAGAGAUGGAAAGAAAGAACCAGUAAAAAUCAAGUACACACAGUUAGCUUGCAUGAGACAGAUUCAAAGCAACAUCACGAACGGAAACCUGCAUCGAACUUGCUUUCAGUUGAUUCUCCAGUAGAUUCUGGUGGAGACAAAAACAUACUACAGGAUAUAUCAGUUGAAGAAGAACAUGUUAAUGAUAUGAUUAAAGAAGAUUCUGUGGCAUCACAGAAUCAAAAAGUUUCACUCAGUUUAGACACAGAGCCACGACUAUCCAAUUUAGAAGAAGAGGAACAAGAAGGCGCUACUGAAAACAAGCAUAACAAUUGCAACUACUCAAAGUGGCAGAAGCAGGAAAUAUGUGAAGCAAAUGGACCAGGUUUGCUAACCAAGGAUGAAAAUCUCCUCAAGCAACUUCUGGUAAACGAUCAGCAUUUCCUCGACAUGGCACAGGCAUUCCUCAAAAUCACAAUUCCAGGUGUUGUUCUUCAAACCAGCAACAAGGCUUGCCAGAAUGAGGAAAAUAAGGUUCUUUUAGACUGUGGAUACGAGUUAUUAAGAAGGAAAGGGAGAAGAGGGAACGUUCGAGCCAUGGAACCUCUUUAUUCACCUGGAGAUGUUAAUAUUGAUGCACUAGUGAAGGGGCUGAAUAACGAUUUUGAGAGUCUUAAAUUUUCAAACGAAAGUACAGUUAGUGAUGACAACGCAGAAUUUCAGUAUCUGCUUCUUAAGAGAGACAUUGAGAACAGAAAGCCAGAUAUCAACUGCAUGUGGGACAUUGGUUGGAGCAGCAUCAUAGCUGCAUCUCUCCAAAAAGAUGAAAUUACAAGGGAUUUAGAAAAGCAUGUACUGAGUGGACUUAUUAGUGAGUUAGCUAGAGAGUUAAUUAGUACAACCACAAAGGUUAAGUAGGUACAAGUCUGUAAUAUGUGGGGGCAAGUUUCAUAAAUAGUUAGGUAUAUCGAAGACACAUGUUUUCAAUAUAAUAUUUAC